GAUUUAACCAUGUCUACCUGUAUCCCAAUCAUGCCCUCUCGCCUGUAUCCCAAUCAUGCCCUCUCGCUUGUAUCCCAAUCAUGCCCUCUCGCCUGUAUCCCAAUCAUGCCCUCUUGCCUGUAUCCCAAUCAUGCCCUCUUGUUUGUAUCCCAAUCAUGCCCUCUUGCCUGCAUCCCAAUCAUGCCCUCCCGCCUGUAUCCCAGUCAUGCCCUCACGCCUGUAUCCCAAUCAUGCCCUCUCGCCUGUAUCCCAAUCAUGCCCUCUCACCUGUAUCCCAAUCAUGCCCUCUCGCCUGUAUCCCAAUCAUGCGCUCUCACCUGUAUCCCAAUCAUGCCCUCUCGCCUGUAUCCCAAUCAUGCCCUCUCGCCUGUAUCCCAAUCAUGCGCUCUCGCCUGUAUCCCAAUCAUGGCCUCUAGCCUGUAUACCAAUCAUGCCCUCUCGCCUCUAUCUUACUCUUGGCCUCUCGCUUGUAUCCCAAUCAUGGACUGUCGCCUGUAUCCCAAUCCUGCACUCUCGCAUGGGUCCCAAUCUUUCCCUCUCGCUAACAUCCCAAUCAUGCCCCCUUACCUGCUAAGUUGGUUCCUUACGUUACGUUUACGUACGUGUACGUUUACGUUUACGUACGUUUACGCGAUUCUGGUUUUAGGCCUGUAUGUACGGGCAGGCUAAAAAUUUUCUACCUGCCCAGAAAAAAAAAGAGAGGAGGGAACCCUAGGCAGAUUUUUGUACAGAAUUCCAUUGGCCAUUAAGUCUUUUCGUAGGAAGAUAGAAAACAUCCACAAAAUACCAAGUUUCCAACAGGUGCUACGCUUAUAACAUGCAAACUUGCAGAUGCUACCUUCACUCAUCCAUGCUAGGCUCGUCGUCAACGGGAGUGUCCACAUACGCAUCAUCAGGGAUGUCGUUAUCAUCAUCGAGGGGCUCAUAGCCAUCCUUUGGCUCCUCCCGAAUCACUGGAAGUGCCGAAACCAUCAUUUUCUUGGAGAAGUCGUCAUUAAGCUUCUUCACCGUGUGGUAGUUGUGGCUUAUGUAAACCAAAUCCACAAGACGCUUGGGGCCGAGUCGGUUGCGGCGUGCGGUGUGGAUAGACUCCCACACACCCCAGUUCGUCUCGCAUGUCGAUGCCGACACGCACUGCUUGAGUACCCUGCACGCCAGCUUCGUCAGGUUGGGGCAAUCGGAGCCAUUCAUAAUCCACCACUGCACGGGGUCCAAGUGACCCUCCUUGAUAAGGAUGUGUUCGUCCUUAGCCUUCUGCUCUCCGAUUUCCCCCUUCCCUUUGAUGUACGUCAACACCUCGCCCUCGACGAUCGUGGCCAUUGGUUUAAUGACAUUCGCGACCUUCAUAGUCUCUCCCUUGUAGUAGUCGCGCACAAACCGCUUAAAGAUUGCGGUGCACUCCUUGUCGUCGUGUCCAAAAAAUUUCUCGUAUUGGUUGGGUGGAUAGAGAAUGCGCCCCACCACGUGAAGCGGGCAAUUGAUGUCAUUAUUCCACCUAUUCCGCACGAUCUCCGCAACCCCCUCCUUCUCGGCGCUCUCCAAAUCCGCGCACGCCCUAUCCACCUGCUCCUCCAAAUCGAUCAUCAUUUCGUACAUUUUGCCCAUGACCUCUUGAUUCCCGUCGACUUUCCUCAGCGUCAUGUAGACCGGCUUGAGAACGGCAACUACUAGCUCAACGCCCUUCCAGAAUCCUUUCCGCUGCACCGUGUCGCGUGCGUCCUUCAUUUUGGGCCUCCCCUUCGUGUAAUCGUCGAACCCCAUCCGUCGCACGCGAUGCUCACUCCAAUGUCGUCCCAGGACUCUUUCACAUCCUUGAGCGCAUUCUCCGUCUUCGUCUUGCACUCCUCAAGAAGGCGGCCCAUGAUGAGCCGACGCCCGGGGGGGGUGAAACCAGUGCCAGCAGCCGCCACCUUCUUCAACAUGGUUUCGAAGACCUCGUGUUCAGCCACGUGUGGCGGGAUGCGACAAACAUGGAAGAACGUCGCAAUCUCAAUCAUGCCCUCUCGCGUGUAUCCCAAUCAUGCCCUCUCGCCUGUAUCCCAAUCAUGCCCUCUCGCUUGUAUCCCAAUCAUGCCCUCUCGCCUGUAUCCCAAUCAUGCCCUCUCGCCCGUAUCCCAAUCAUGCCCUCUCGCCUGUAUCUCAAUCAUGCCCUCUCGCGUGUAUCCCAAUCAUGCCCUGUCGCCUGUAUCCCAAUCAUGCCCUCUCGCUUGUAUCCCAAUCAUGCCCUCUCGCCUGUAUCCCAAUCAUGCCCUCUUGCCUGUUUCCCAAUCAUGCCCUCUCGUUUGUAUCCCAAUCAUGCCCUCUUGCCUGUAUCCCAAUCAUGCCCUCUUGGCUCUAUCCCAAUCAUGCCCUCUCGCAUGUAUCCCAAUCAUCCCCUUCGGUCUGUAUCCCAAUCAUGCCCUCUUGCUUGUAUCCCAAUCAUGCCCUCUCGCCUGUAUCUAGACAUUGCCAAAAUGCGAUGCGAUGGGAUAUCGCAUCGCUGCGAUAUGUUAAAAACAAAACCGAAAUCGCAUAUCGCGUUUUCGGAGGCGAUAUUAAAAAAUAUCGCCUAAAAAAAGCGACGCAUCGCGCGAUGCGAUAUAAUAUCGUAUUGCAUUUAGGGGCCACUGUUUUCCCGCCCUAAAAAUACGUGUUUCCACACCACAGGGCACGACAAUGGUGGCUCUCGUAGGUUCGCGCGGAAUUAGGUAAGUGAAUUGACGGGAGAUGGUAAUAUCGUGGUCCCUCUCUCAUGUGGAGCGUGUUUGAGGGGACGGGGUUGGAUUCUGUAGAUGCAGGGGAUUUUAGUGCGGUUGAAGUGGUGGAAAUUGGUUGGAGUCCAACCAAUUGACUUUGGGGGUCGAGAUUUCAGUCCAACCCCCUAAAUCCCUUCAACCGCACACCACCACAUCCCAUCCAAAAAACCCACUCGCCCACCACCCACCACCAACCAUAACAAAUUUGAACCCCCACCAAACUCCCCUCCCUCAACCACACUGCACUCCUUCCCAUCUAGAAUUUCCAACCCUUCCUCUAAUGUUCUCCAAGCUCUGCUCCUCACACAAACUCCUCCCCCCAAACUGCCGCUUGCCAUUUCCGUGCGUCAUUCAGCAUCACCCCAAGAGAAACCUAGACUAGCUCACCUUCUAUUUUUGCUAAGUUCAGGGCCCUCGCCCAUGUUCCUCCCCUUGCUGGCGAAAUUCCGCGAUGCGAACCGCGA